CUUCUCCUUAGCUGCCCAUUCCUUGCCAUCUACCCUUCUUUCUGCUUGGGUUCCUCGUUCCGAUUACUCACCCUGUCAUCCCUCACUCCGACAUGACAAUGCAAACUCCAUAGUUCCCGUACAACCCUCAAAAUUUUCUUUAACGCGUACAGGCGAUGUCAGCCAAUCACCAGAGGCUCCACAGCACCCACGACACGUCAUCCCCCGCUUCCGGUGGCAAGUUCCGGCCGAGCCGUAGCAGCAGCAGCGGGAGCAUCGCCGCAAAUGCCGCCGCAUCUGGCGGUCGCUCUGACCUCGCUGGCUCCGCGAGCGAGGAUUCGUGGACCAGGUCUGCCGUUAGCGGCGGCGGCGGCGGUAGCGGCGGCUGGGGUCCUUCCAGCAGGAGCAGACCGGCAGCGACUAGCCCUGGGAGCGGCGCGUGGGGUAAUCGCAACGCCUGGAGCGUAAGCAGCAGCGGCGGCGGCGGCGAUGGCGGUGGCUGGAAGGCGCGAGGCGACGGCAGCGGAAGCAGCCGGGAAGGCGGGUUGGGCGGAGGGGGAGGCGGAGGGGGAGGCGGAGGGGGAGGCGGGGGCGGGAGAGGGGGCGGGGGAUGGGGGGAAACAGGGGAAGGGAGACGAGAUGGGGGGAAAUGGCGGAGUCGUAGCUUUUGCGGUGGAAGCAGCACCAGUGCCGCUGGCAAUGCAGCUGCCUGCAGCAACGCCGCCGGAUACAGUAUUGCCAUAUCAGCUGGUAGGGGACCAGGGUUUGAGAGCUCAUCGCGGCCUGAAGGCUUAUCCGCGGCAGCGGAAAGGCUAAGGUUGGGUGAUGAUAGAGGUGUUACCAGCAGCGGUAGCAGUGGCAGUAGCAGUAGCGGUGGUGGUAGGAGCAGCAGCAAUAGCAGUGCCAGUACCAGCAGAGACAGCAGCAGCAGCGGGAGAAAUUCCGAGGUCCUUGGAAACAAAGGCCGGUACGCGUGGGCCACGCUGGUGAUGCAGAAUGAGGUCUAUGCGUGCGGGGCGCUGGUGCUGGGCCACUCCCUCCGGCUCGCACACACUGCGGCCGACCUAGUCUGUAUGGUUACGGAUGACAUAGCUUCGGAUGUAACCGCAGCUCUGGGGGAGGUUUGGGAUCACGUGGUGGUGGUGCCGAGGCUGGAGGCUCGGCAAGGGGUGCGGCAGCGGCGGCAGGUUCGGUUCGGGCACAUGUAUAACCCGUGGCUAAGUGCGUGCUUAACUAAGUUUACGGUUCUGCGGAUGGAGCAGUACGAGAAGGUUGCGUUUUUAGACGCGGAUAUGGUCUGCGUUUCAGGGUUUCUAACCCCAGGAAAAGAGGCGGUAGGGUUGACCCUGCUUGAACGAGUCAAACUGUGGGUUAAAGCAGAAAAGGAGAAACAGAGCUGUGAUAACUGCUCUUCCGCUCCUGCCAAUGCCGCCGCUGCUGCUGCUGCUCCACCUCCUCCUCCUGCCACUGCCUCUAAUCCUAUUUCUGCUGCUCAUCCUCCUCUUCCCCGUGUUACACCGUGCGCUGCCAUACCUGUCUCAACCUCUCGCCACUCCUCCGUACCCAUUUCCACCCCUCUUCACCCUGUCGCCUCGUCGCCUUCCUUCCUCUCCAUCCUCCCUCCCUCCUCACUCUCCCUCACCUCUGUUGAGAACGAGAGGAGAAAUGGGGCGGGGAGCACGGGGAGGGACGAGCGGAGUGGGGAGAAGCAAGGGGUGAAGGGGGAAGAGAGGGCGGAGCACGAGGAGGGGGUGGAGGGGGGAGAGGGAGAGGCUGCCGCUGGUAGGGACGGGAGGCAGGGACUCGAGAAGCAACGAGAAAAACAAGAGCAGCAGCAGCAGCAGCAGCCGGGCACGGCCUCUCCUCGUGGAGACCCCGAUUCUCUCUUUGACUGUCGCACGCCAGCUGGCAUCCUGGACCUUUACCGGCGCGACCUGGGGGCGAACCAGCGCCUGCACGGGCAGCUGCUGGCGGAUGAUGACGUGCGGCGGGCCAUGGAGGGGCUGUUCUACGCCAUGCGCGGUUGCACUCUGCUCCUCUCCCCAAGCCGGCGUCUGUUCGACGACCUGCAGUGGUGUGCGCGCAACCACCCCAUCGGGCACUGGGACGCCAUGGCGGGCCCGGACGAGUACUUCAUCUCAAAGUUCUUCCUGGACCGCGGCAUUCCGUGGACGCAUGUGCACAUGCGCUAUGGUGCCAUAUCGUGGGUGGUGGACGAGGCCCUGCAGGGCCAGGCGCCUCCCGUGUUCAUCCACUACGUGAGUGAGAAGCCCUGGACCGCGCCUACCAAUGCACCCUUGCCUGCUGCACCUGCUACAGCUGCUACAGCUGCUACAACUGUUACAGCUGCCCCUGCUCCAUCUAACCCUGCUACAGCUACAGUGACCAACUGGUCGGACUUCUUAGUGUGGGACUCUAUAGCGGAGCAGGUGGUGGGACUGCUGGGGGCAGCAGGGGAGGAGGAGGGUGACGCUGCGAGGAGGUUGUUUGGGGGAUGGGAGGAGAGGAGAAAGCUCCCUGUCGCCUUUCCGGAGAAGCAGGGUUGACGAGAGAGCUGUAUGGUGCAGCAGGUGGUGGUGGGGAAGGGGAGGGGAGAACUGCUGGCGGCAGCAGGGGAGGAGGAGGGGAGCGCAGCACUGAGGUUGUUUAGGGGGUGGGAGGGGAGGAGAAAGCUCCCUGGUGUGUUUCCGGAGAAGCAGGGUUGAGGAGCGGGCUGUAUGGUAGAGCAGGUGGUGGGGCUGAUGGCGGCUGCAGGGGAGGAGGAGGGGAGCGCACCAAAAAGGUUGUUUGGGGCUUGGGAGGGGAGGAGAAAGCUCCCUGGUGUGUUUCCGGAGAAGCAGGGUCGAGGAGUGGGCUUUAUAGUGCAGCAGGUGGGGAGGAGGGAGGGGGAACUGCUGGCGGCAGCAGGGGAGGGGAGCGCAGCACUCUAUGUAGCAAGGCGUGUAAAAUGAGACUGCAAGUGAUGCUGGUAAAGGGUAAUUGCCAGGACUGCGAAGAGCACACAGCAGUGGUUGGUAACGCUGUAACAGCUGUCUCUCCUUGUAUGGCUUCCAGAGAGAGCUACACCAUGUUUUGGAAGCCUGAGAAAGAAGCUACUGGUAUUGCCCCUGAGGAUGGUUGCUGCAGAGGGGUACCAUGCAGCCGUACUAGCUCCUUCAGCCAACGCAGGUGGCGUGCGCUUAUCUAGUACCAUAUGUACGUACGUACUA